CUCGUCUUCUUCAUUCACGAAACUCCCAUUUACUCUCAGACACGAUUCUGCUGGGAGACGCUAAACCCUCCAGUCGCACCAGUUCUGCAGUUUUCAUUGAAAUGCACAGUUUGUCCUGCUGAAAAACCAGCGAUGCUAAACAACCCCUGUGUGAGAUAAGACAUAUCCUGGUUGUUUGAUUGUCUUGUCUCUCCAUGGCCGUGCAGGAGAACCCGGCCGCGGGUCCCUACUCCGGGAGAAUGGGCAGAAUCCGGGUCCUGAUCAUCAGCUUGGGGCUCAAUCCCGUAGCUCUGGCUUAUGCCAUGACCACCCUGGGAUCCACCAUGAUCAACAGCAUCUUCAGCUUCUACUAUGUCAAACUCUUCCUCAACAAGUACAAGAUCUCAGAGGGAGCGUUCCAGCAGUCUCAGGUGAUGUACAUGGUUUGGAAUGCGAUCAAUGACCCUCUGUUCGGCUACCUGCAAGACAACUCCCGAGUGGCCUUCUGCUCUCAGCGCCGCCUCUCCAUCCUGUACGGAGCGCCCUUCUACUCCCUGUCUUUCCUUAUAGCCUGGUUCCCAUGGCGAUCCUAUGCCCCGAACGACUGGUUGAGUGGCCUUCAUUUGAUGGUGGCGCUGUGUGUGUUUGACGCCAUGCUGACCUUUGUGCUGCUGGCACACAGUGCGUUGUUUGCAGAGAUCUCCAGCCACCAUCAGAAUCGACUAAGACUCAUAAAGUACAACCAGGUGGCCUCUCUCAUUGGCUCUUCCAGCGUCCUUUUCUGUGGUUUGCUGUCCAAUAACAUGGAGGACUUUCCAGCCUUCCAAGCCUUCACGGUGUUCAUUGCUGUCAUUAGCUGUGGCUUCAUGCUCUACACAGGCAUCUUCAUUGAGAGCCGCUUCGAAAACAAAGGGUCUAAACUCUUAGACCCUGGGUGUGAUGACCAGACAUCCCAGCAGUCAGUGUUUUCUGUGUCGCCGCAAACGACAUUGAUCUGGCAAAUUCUGGUCAAUCGAGACUUUCAGGUUUUCGUGGUCAUGAACUUUUUCCAGGUUUUCAUGUUGGCCUUCUUCAACAACUUUACUAUGAUAUUUGCUGAGCACCUAAUUCCUCCAGAUGUGCUUCCACCUCUGGCCAAGAGCAUCAUGUACGGAGCGGGAUUCAUCUGUCCACAGUUGUUGGUAUUGAGCUGUCAGAGUCUGCUGCAUGGCCUUGGCUAUUACAGGAUCAUCCUCUUCACCUUCUACUUGGAGGGUGCAAUGGCGGCUGUCAUGCUAAUGCUCGGUCCUCAGCACUACUAUUUUCUGGCCUUUUUCCUCACUAUUAACAUGGUCUUGAUUCAGGCAUCCUUCAGUCUUUUCGGCUUGCCUUUGGCUGACAUCAUCGACACAGACCUGCAGAGGCACAACCGCAGUUCCCCACUCUCCUCAAUGGUGUUUGGGACGAAUGCUCUGUUCACCAAGCCGGGUCAGUCUCUAGCCCCGAUGAUAGUGCUCUACGUCCUCAACCAGUUUGGAUAUGAACAGCUGAAGGAAGAAGGAGGGAAUUCGAAUCCAAGCGCCCUGGCCAGCCUCCACAAUGUGAUGUUCUACCUGGUGUGUCUGGUGCCAAUGUGCGUCGCUUGUGCUCAGGUCCUGGCUUGGAAGCCGUUUUCCAUUCGCAACAGUCACACAGUAGACGCAAAGUACAUUGACAACUGAUGUUUCAUAGGUCUGCUGAUUUCUUUAGCUGGGAUUUAGGUGGAAUUCUUUAUUGUUGAGUGAGCGAUCAAGAAGAAAUGAAUUAGCAAAUUAUCGAAUAUUUGAGAGAAUCCAGGGUGGAUUUGAUGCACUUUAUCGAUAAAUACUGUAACCUGCAAAUGCACACUUGUAAAUGAUCUCUGUCCGCUCACUGGCACCAAGUACAUACACAUAAAACACCAAAAAAAAGAAAGAAAGAAGGAAAUAAUAAUCUCUGUAAGGAGAAGCCUUUCUUCCUCUGUGACUUCCAUCGCCUCCAAAGACAGUUUCCCUCCAUUUAUGGCAUAGAAGGGAGUGAGGAUAUUAAAGAUCAUUAGUUGAAUCUGAAUGAUUUGUACAUGUGGUUACUACUGUAUGAUAAGCCCACUGUCACGCCUUUAAUUAGUAAUUAAUGUACUGUCUCAUCCUCAAAAAUAACUGGAUAGCUGGACCACACCAUAGACUUUGAACAUUUAAGUUUACAGUUACCUCAGGUUCAUUUAAUCUGAUGAGUAAAUAAUACAACACGGACAUGACAUUUAAUGUUUUUUGCUGUGAGCAGAGCAGAGGCAAACAUUGUAGCUUUAACUCCAGCCCGGCUCAAAUCAACUUGACAAUGUGACAUGUAUUUAAAUCUGUAUUUCAGAUGUUUGGUUUACAGUAGAAGGUAAUGAAGGAGAGGAGGCACAGAAGGGAAGAUUGCACACAAGUGUUUACUUUAGGAUGUUUGGUUGGAUGGUAAAAAAACCUCAGUUUAGAAUGAUUUACCUUGGCCUUUUUAGGAAUGCAUAACUAAUGUUAUCUGGAUGGAUCUAGAUUAUUUCUGUGGGUAUUUGUAAUCAAAAGAAAUGGGUGAGCAGAAUAUGUUUCCUACCUGUACAUGUCUUAUUAUUAGAUUUUUUUUUAAUGAACCACUUCAAGACCUGUGCUUUUUGAACAUAGUGUCUUCUGAGCUACAUUCAAUAUACAUACGUCUGUAAUAUGCCUUUCUAUGUGCCUUUUGAACUUUCUAUGUUCACUCUACAUCUUUUGUUUCUGUUUCCAUCAUUUUUUAUAAAAUGUUUUUCUAAGCUGAGUUUUACAUGUUUGCAAGUCGGUGAUUUGUAUUUUGUGUCAAAAAGGUGAAUGUUUGAAUAAUUUUGACAUAAAGGGAUAUUUUCAAAGAGCUGCUUAAAUCCAGGGAAUCUCACUAUACUCUUCCUUCUCUGCCCUGUGAAGUUUGUGCAAACAGCUUUUUAGAUUUAGAUUAUUUCACACUUGCUCUUCUGAACAACUUACCCUGACAAUCUAAAUGUGGUCUAUUUCUUAUUCCAUAUCACUUACAGUACCAUUCCCUUUUGAAUGUCUCCGCCCCACCAGCCAGUGCCUUGUGAAAACAAUAUCUCCAGAAUGUGUUGAGCGAAUUUUAUUCAGAUUUGAUACAAAACAAUCACUUUGACUCAAAGAUUAAAGGUAUUUUUGUUGUUGUGAAUAUGAUAUAUCAGGAACACCCAUUUGGAAUUUUCUUUACUAGACAAACAGGCGCUUGGACUUAAGCAUGACCUGAUCAAGAGGUCAAAGGUGAAGGUGUAACCUCACAUGAGUUUGGAAAAAAAAAAAAAAUGAUGUUGACUGAAACUGCACUGGUUUCCAGAGGCAUAAAACUGUAGUGCUGUUUCCCCCUUUAAAUGGGUUAUUAUCCUAAAUGUAUGUAAGACACUCCAGUAAUAUGAGAAGGUUUUGUGAACUGAACUAGAUUUUCCUGGUUAUCACAGGUAAACACUGACCUGGUUUUGAGAAGAAAUGUUUGAAUGUGUUACAAAAUGCCAGCAGAAUGUAUAAAUAUAAUAAUAAAUAUAAUGCAGAACUAUAAAUGCCGUCAGAACACAUCUAAAACUUAAAAAUCGGAGAGGAGAGGAACAGUAUCUUUGUUGAGGUGUGUUUAUCUCAUUUCAUUAAAAAAAAUAAAAGUGCCCCGGCAUGCAACCAA